AAAUGUCUUUAGCAGUAACCGUAGUCGUUAGUGAUUAAUGUUGCGAAUACGUAAAUAUCAUAGAAAACAAGUAAUUCCUAUUCAGUCUGACUAAAUAUAAAAGACAAAUGUUGUUCCUCAAUAAGAAAAAGUUGAUUUGUAGUCUCUUCUUCGAAAAGAGCUAGUGUGGAAAGUUCUGUAAUAGUAUUGUUUGCAAAUAACUGUACAGAAUAAUAUGAUAUUCUAUUACAUUUUUACAUUGUAAUAUUUAAUUUAUUUAAGAAAGUUUUAGUACUGUUACAGGAAUUAAAUAUAAAAAAUACCAAUGCAUAAAAAACUAAUCACGUGCGAUCUUAUAGAUUUAAAUAGUCCUGAUAGAAAGGGCUUUAGAGGUUGUAGACUUGCGUCGCCUUUGAUACCUGUUCCCACAGAUGCGGCAGAGAGUAAUUGCAAUAGUCAUGUUGACAAAACAAGUUCUCUAGUGACUGUAAAACGUGAUAGUUUAGAGAACAAUCCUUUUGAUAUGGUGCUGCAUAAAACAACAGAGUACAUACAAAAAAAGGAUGACCCAUUUGAGGUGGUUUUGGAAAAGGCACUUAAAUCAAAACAUAAAAAAGGUGCAUCAUCUAGAACAUGUUCUAUUGACUUUACUGAUGAUUAUAUCCUAAAACGAAGAAAGAAAUCUCAGAAAUUAAAAAUGAAUAGGACAUUGGAUGAAUCUUGGAUUAACGAAGAACUGAGUCCAAAAAAUAUGCCUGACAACAAAAUGUCUAAUGUAGGUAUAACAUUUGGAUCGAAUAAAUUUGACAUACAAAUUGAUCAUUUAAAACCUACAAAUAUAUCUGCUGAUUUAUCAGUUUCAAAGAGUAAAUGUGUUAUACCUACUAUACAAGUUCAAGAUACUGAUUUAUCUAUUUUAAAUCAGUCCGUAAUGAAUGAUACAUUGUUUGAAAUACAAAGUGAUACAUGUAAUGACAAUCAAGAUAAUAUUUUAAUGAAUUUAAAAGAAGACGUAUAUACUAUUGGUCAUAUUCAAACUGCUAGUACAUUAUUGCCAAAAUUGCGACGUUCUUUUUCACAAGGAGAGAACAUACUGCCAAAAAGGUCACAAUGUUUAGAUCGAAUAUCAGUGAUAGAAUCUGUCCAAACUGAAUAUGAAAACAAAAAUAGCACAUCAUCUUCCCCUGAUUUCUUAAAUGAAGGUUUUUUGAAAAGUGGUAGUAUUGGAAGUUCUAUAUUUACAAGUAUAUCAAGCAUUUCUUCCAUAGCUCAGUCGUCAAAUUCUCCAUCCAUAAUUAAUACAUCAUUAAUACUAUCAAAUGGUACCUUAAAUAGAACAUUUUUGGAGAGCUGUUCAUCUGACAAAUCAAAUACAACAAAAAUAAAUUCUUCUAAGGAAGUCAGAUCGACAUCAUUAACUACAAAUGGUUUAAUAAAACCAGUAACAAAUAUUUCAAACAAAACAAGGGCUUCUAUAUCUGAUUUAACAGACCGACUUAAUAAACUAAAAACGAAAGCUUCGGAAUAUCAUGUGCCUGAAAUUAUUACAGACAAGGAGACUGAAACUAUUUCUAGCCUUUCUAAUGACAUUAAGGAAUCUGUAACUGUGAUGGAAAAUAAUGAAAAAUGUGAUACAAAUAACAAGUUAAUAGAUGUCGAUCUAUUUUCACCAGGAUCAAAUUGCAGUUCACACCAAUGUAGAAAUUCCAUUUCAGAUACAUCAUCUGAUUCUGUGUUUCUUGAUGAGGACAAGGUCAAUAAAUCAAUACUUCAUGAAGCAAAAAUUCUUGCUAGAACUUUCGAAGAGAUGGCUUUAAAGACGAGUUCAGGCUCAAGCACCGAUGACUUGAUUAGCAACAAUCCAUUAUGGACAUCUGAGUUACUUCCAGCAUUUGAUGAUGAAGUUGAUAAUUUAAUUGAACUGCCUACAUCUCCUAAUAUAAAUAAUGUAAAUUCGAGCCAUGAAAAAGUUACACAUUGUAAAGAUAGCGUUUUACAUGAAAACGCGAAUGACAAUGUGAAAGAUUUAGAAAAGGAACUAAUUGAUCCGAUAUCUACCGAGAAACGUGUCACAGCGGCAACACUUUUAUUGGAUCUUAAAGAAUUAAUUAAUACAGAAAAUAAUACUGAAGCAAAUAAAUUAUUGGAAAAUUUGGAGAGAGCUUUGGGUAUUAGUUGGGAAAGUAAUACUGAAUUACUAAGUACUUAUCUCAAUUUAACUAACAAUUUAGCAAAGAGUCCGCAAAAGUUAAAUAACGAUUUAGAAAUGAAAAAUGUAACAGAAACUACUAUUGAACAUAGUCUAGAUACUAAUGUUACUGGUGAUUUGUCGGAAAAUAUUAAAGAAUUAGGUACAAAUCUAAAUGGUAACGAUUCAAGUCUUGAUAAAUUUUCAGUUAAUAGUCAAAAAUGUUUGAAAGAAAUCGAUAAUGAAUUAAAUGACAGAUCAAGAAAUGACAACGAAAAAACAAAAAUCGAAAAUGAGAAUGAAGAUUCUAAUGCCCAAAAUACAAAUACUGAAGGUACCACGCGCAGAGUGGAAAGCAAUAAUUCUGUAAAUGAAAAUGUGGUAAUGGAUCUUCUUACAAAUAUAGGAAAAUUGUUAAUUGGACAGCCUCAAGAAUACGCUACUGUUAACUUCCUUAAAAAAUUUGGAGAUGUUCUACAUUUGGUUUCCGGUAAUAUUAAUGUAAAUGAAAAUAUAAAAACGAAUACCAAUGAUGUAGAAAUUGUACAAAUAUCAAAAGGGUCUAAAUUGAAGUAUGAAAAUAAAGCGAAUUCUUCAGUUUUGUCUAAAUCUGUCAAUAGAUUAAGUUUACAGAUGGAAUCAAAGAAACAGUCAACUGGCAAACCUUCACCGAAAAGGAGCACAUCGAUAUCUCAAAUUCUGCCAGUUAAGACAAUACCAAGUCCGUUAUUGUGUCAGAGGAAAAGUACAAAUCAACUCAAAGAUGUUGCAAAACGAUUUUCCAGUGAUCCUGGUUUUAUUAGUCUAGUGACGAAUCAAAAAGUUAUCACAAACGAUAAUAAAUUUAAAUCGGUGCAGGACGUAGAAAUAAAAUCAGACACAAAUCUUGAGAAAGAAAAGACUGCAGUGGUUGGAACAGUUAAAAGUAGGUUGAAAAAGAAAGUUGGUGGAGAUGUCAUAAACAAAAAAGGACCAAUGAAAGCUACUCUUCCCAUCGGAAAUAUGCAAAAAAAAGAAUCCUUCAAUAAAAACAUGAACUCCACCACUGAUACCACACCUCCUAAUGCUCAUAAAAUAAUUAGUAGUACUCCUAACCCUACGGUUACUAGAAACAUAGUAAAAAAACCUACACGGCCUUUGAAACCUGUAGCUUCGUCGACGCCGGAUGCGCAAAAUUCAAAAACACGAAGACUACCAUCGCAUACAAGUAACAAUACAAAUAAGCGCAACAGUACAUGUGAUGUUUCGCCUGUAACUACACGGCUUAAUGUUAGUAAUAGUGAUGGUGUUAAUAGUAGUCCAAAAAGGACUGGCAAGAUACCAUCAUCAAGGAAUACAACUCCUAAACGCCGUUCAGUGGAUUCUAGCAUUCCAAGAUCUCAAACUCCUCCAGUCAAUAAAAAAUUAAAUUCGUCGCUCAAUGUUAGUCAUCACGAGCGAUUGAUCGAAUCACCACAGCGUUCAUCGUAUAAAGUAUCAAAUUCGCAAAAAAAUUCACCGAUAUCCUUAAGAAGGAAUGGUAAUAAUACACAACAAAGUCCUCUGAGAGACAAUAAUAAACUCGCACAUAAAGUGAAGCCAGUAAACUUGAUCUCAAAAAUUCGACGACACAGUGUUGGUAAUAAUGUAAUGGAAAAAGAAAACGCCUAUAUUUAAAUUCUGAAGAAAGUGAUCUCAUUAUUAACGAUGGUUAUAUAAUUGAACUUUUAGCGUGAGCAUUUUUUACUUUUAUAACUUUUGUACUUAUGUAUUAUUUUACAAUAAAAUAUUUGUUUCAAGUAUAAAG